UGUCAUCCUCAACAAUAGACAUAUCUGGAGACAGUCAAGCUUGGUCAAUAAACAUUGACCCCAAAAUCCAUAAUGAUGUCAAACAAGUAGUUGAAGGAGUUUUGGAACCCAAAUCCCAGUUUUCUGAUUAUUCAGAUCCGUCUUCAUUUGGAAAUCUGAAAAAAACAAUGCAAUUGGAGUUGGUGCCUCAUUCAUGUGAAGUUCAUUCUGAAAAACCAGAGGACUUAUCAUACCCUCACAAGACGAAUGUUGUCUAUGAUGUUAAUCACACAACAGACCCCGCAAUAUCCAACAUGGAAGAAUUGAAGAUGAAUGAAGACACAGAUGAUGGAUGGCAGCUACUGAACAAGCAAGAGAUUGAAAAGCCUACUGAGCAUCAAGCCAUAUCUGACUCUGAGAAACCAAUUGAGAAGAACUCAAAGCCUAAUGAUGAUGUUGGAGGAAAUCAAGUAAAGCUAACUGAAAAUGAGAUCAUCAUGGGCAUGCCAAAGCCAAUUGAGGCCAAAGAAUACUUUAAAUCGCCUCAAGAGAGUGGAGGUGAACGAAGCAUUGUAGAAAGUGGGGCUUGUAGGGUAAACCAAAAUUCUGAUGAUCCUAUUGCAUCAACUGCACAACAAGAUCUGGUGAUUGAAGAGGUCACUAUCAACUCAAGGCCAUCAUUAUCUCCAAAGUCCAUAUCAAUUCAAACUUAUGGAGUAAACCAGACUUAUGAUGAUCAUAAUGCAUCAGCUGAGCAGCAAGAGCUGGUGAUUCAAGACGUCCUGAUCAACUAUUCAUCCUCAUCUCCAAAGUCUGUGUCCAUAGAAAAGAUCCCAAUCGAUCAAAUGAUACACCUAGAUAUUUUACAAUCUCAUUUGGAGGACACAGCAAAAACUAGUACACUGGAUGAACAACCACCUCUGAAUUUAGCCCCAGAAAACUUGGAAUCAAUUCAAGAGAGUGGAGAUGAACAAAGUGUCUUACCAAGAGGAGCUUUUGGGGUGAACCAGAAUUAUGAUGAUCCCAAUGCAUCAACAGAGCAGCAAGAGUCGUCAAUUGAAGACGUCCAUAUAAACUCUUCAUCCUUAUCUCCAAAGUCUGUAUUGACAGGAAAGACCCCCAUGGAUCAAGCCUCAUCAAACUCAAAUCCAAAGAUACACGGAGAUAUUUUACAAUCUCAGUUGGAGAACACUGAAAAAGCCAGUACACUGGAUGAACAACCACCUUUGAAAUUAGCUCCAGAAAAUUUGAAAUCAAUUCAAGAGAAUGGAGACGAACAAAGUGUCAUAGCAAGUGGAGCUUCUGGGAUAUACCAUAAUUCUGAUGACCCAAAUGCGUCAGUUGCACGGACAGAAUGGGUGAUUGAAGAGGAACCAUGCAAUCCUCCAGAGAAGUCAACUGAAGAAACAAGCACUGUUGACAACUUGAAUGAACCCAAGCCUGAUGACAAGGAUGGAAACGAAAAUUCACAAUCUUAUCAAGCCAUCAAAGAUGAAUCAGAAACAUGGAUCAGUCAUACAGUUAGCACUGGCCUAUCAAAAUCAAUAGAAGACAACAAUAACAUACUUGGGACAAUGGAACCAGAGAAGUUUAUUGCAGAAGCCAGCACCAUUUACAAAGUCAAUGACCCAAUUGUCAGUGAGAAGGGAGACAACGAGAAAUUUAAGUCUGUUGAAAAAAGUGAAGGUGAGCCCCAACCCUUUAUCAAACAGGAGACCGUUUUGGAAUCCCCAGAACCAGAUGAGCCUACUGGUUCAAAACUCAUAGAAGAUUUCGAUGCGAACUCCAGAAAAUCUAGUGAAGGUGAAGCUAUUUGCGGUCCAUUAAAAUCAUUGGAGGAGAUCGAAGAUUCAAGAACCGAAGAAGAAACAGAAGAUUCAAGAAAACUACAUGAACAUGACACCAUAAUUCACCUGCCAAAGUCUGGUGAUACUACAUGUAAUUCGGAAGAAUCUCAAAAGUUGACAGAAUGUGAAGCGGUAGAUCCAUCAAAACUUGCUGUUGAAAAGGAAAAUCCGGACGUCCCUGCAACUAUUGCAGAAGAGGACCCAUCUAAUCCUGAUCUUCCAAUCAAGUCUAUCUCGGAAAGUUGAUUGAUCAUAUAUGAAUGUCACUGAUCGGCCAAUUAAAGUUGAGGGCCAUGAUAGAUUAGACGCUGUGGAGGAGUUCAAAGGUGAAUCUGGAGACUUGAUUAGAUCAGAGGAUACAUACAUUAUUUGGGAAGAUGAACUUGCCAGCUUAAGAUCACUGAGUCGUUGAAAAAUGAAACAACAUCCAAAGAGGUGGUUGCCAACCCAGAAGGCAAAUGAUGGCCAUGCAGAGAGAGCGUCGAAGCCAACUUCAUAUAUAUAUAUAGAGAGAGAGAGAGAGAGAGAGGAAGGUAGGUAACACAGAUCAUGCUGGAUUUAUUAACCAGUUUAUAGAAGUGAAGCUGAAAUGCCUCACAUUUUUUGUCGAGCUGCAUUAUCAUCAUGCCAAUUUGAAAGAGGCUUGCUUUGAGCUGAGCUGUAGAUAAACUAAUCUAGUUCAUGUAUUGGAGGUAAUUUAUUAUAGGUUUCUACUUGAAAGAACAGUUGCUAAUUUAGUACAUAUGUUAACAACUACAUGAUCUUACUCUCUCAUGUGCUAA